CAAAAUCGCAUACCAAGAAAUUAACUAGCGAAACUCAAUCUUGUAAAUAAACAUAUGUUCAUUCCAUCAUCGCGCAUCACCGAAAACUGCAGCGAAGCCUGUCAAACCCGCCAAACCUGUCAAAACACCUCAACCCAGGUCAGGCACCCCUCCAAUACCUCUGCCCGUCAUCACCGCCGCGCCCAGCCGCCGUGCUUACUUAGAAUACCUACGACCCCCGGCUUCCGGCAACUUGGCGAGCUUCGUACUGUGCGUGGGGAGGGCCAGCACCAAAUACGAGGCACGAGGGCAGCAAACAUCACACCUCAAUUUGCUGUCCUGCCGUCUACGCGGAUCAAGACGGCAAGUUAGGCCUUUCGAUCGACGUUGCUCCGUACCUAUGAGUUCGCACUUCCUCUAUCUGCCGUGCGCUUUCUCCCUUUCCCUAUUGCCUCACCUGCUUAGCAGACAUGGAAAAUGAUAUCAGCCCCGCCAGCGAUGGUGGUCGCUCCUCGCGACGAGACCGCCUUAUGGGCAAGUUGUUCAAGGCUCGGGACAAGAAGUUGACUAGCGAAGAGAGCGCAAACGAGAUCUCCGAUUUCUUAGGCACUUCGGACAGGUUACAGGUCACGCACCCCCCGCCGAGACCGCCCCCCUUCCAGAAUAACGGGCCCCCGACAUUGGCUCUGGACACGACCAAGGCGAGCCGCUUCACUAAAGCCGCAAACUACGUGAACUCGUCGCAUUCGCAGCAGAACAUUCCUUUUCGUACACAGUCGGGCAGCCCACCACGUCCGCGGACGCAUAAGGGAUUGACCGUUAGUUUCACUGAUGCUUACCCCGACAUUAUUGGUGAGGGGGGUGACGAAUGCGAAACUCCUGUCGCCGAGAUUGGCAAACGAAGACCCAGGCCAACCCCUGCGAAACAAGCAAGCCAAUAUGGAAAGCAGUUCAGCUCCUCGAAAGCUGCUAACCAGGCCGAGGAUAACUUUGUGCCUGCUCCUAUACGGCGAACGCAGACGGGCUUUUCUACGAAAUCUGAUAUUGAGCGUAAUAUUUCUGUAUCAACUUCCACGCGGCAUCCGCCCGAUACUCCAAGGCAAAAUAUUAUUCCUGCCGGAGAGCCUGCGCCUUCCCGUUUUCUCGAUACAAGCAAUCACCAUGAUGAGAACCGUCGAUCGUUCAUUGAAACUCACCAGCAGGAGCAGAGGAGAGCUGAGGGCAUGGCACUAGCGGAGGCCAUACGGUCUGCCAACAACAGUGCGCACCCCGAUUCAGACGAACAUCUCUCGUCGCCCGAAUCUAUUCAUCAUUCGGCUAGCCUUCGACAGCAAUAUUCCGCUGCGGUGUCGCCUCCACGCAAGGCGCCACCUUCACCCGCUGUAAGCGAGAAGCCCUCUCGAUCUCCCGUGCCUCCGCCGUCCUUGGCGGAAUCUGUUUCUUCCAUGCUACGAACGCAGUCUACAAGAUCGCCCCUCACACCUCCGGAGAAAAAUCCGGCUAGAAAGUCACCUCUCCCUCACCAGGAUUCCGCGCAGUCCACCUUCAUGAAGGCGCCCUUACCGCCUAUUCAUACCGAGCAACUUCCCGACUUCAACAGCCAGCCAUCUAGAAGGUCACUCGACGAAUUAAGAAUUGUCACCGAUUAUUCAAAUGAUAGCCCCCCUUCAGCAUAUCUAAGCUCUGUACACUCGACUUCCGAUGCAUCUUUCAAAUCAACACCUAUUACCCAAAAUCCGGCAGCGCGUGGCUUUGUUUCACCUUCUGUUGAUAGGACAAAAUCUUUGCGAGAUGUUGUAGUGGCGGCCGGCGAUGAUGCGUUUGACACCUUCGUCUCUCGUACAAAGCACUUGUAUGAAUUGUUCCGGUUAUAUGCUGAGCAACAGAAGCCACUUGACACCGCCCGGCCAGAAGACAUGAGCAGAGCGUCUCUCUGGUGGUUUCUGAAAGGCAGAACCUCUUUAGAAAAUGUUAUUAGGAACCGUCCGCAGGAUCCUGAGGAGACCCGUCAUUUAAUUUCACGCUAUCAAGCUUAUACAGACUUGGCAAAAGGGUAUUGGUUAACUGAAAUUGCCCUUCCUGAAAUCGCAGAAGGGAAGUAUAGUCCGGUGGGUGGGGAGUUGGGGGAAGUGAGACAAGCUUUAAUGUCUAAUCUGCGAAAGUUGGCAAUUUCUAUGAAAAGGAACGGGUUUCUACCACCUGAUGAGCCUUUCCUUCCACAGACUAUGGACAAGUCUAUAUGGAUAGAAUAUCCGUUGCUCAGCCAGGAUAUCAUUGCACUGCUUAACGGAAAAUGGGGUUCGCUGCUGACGGCACAGCAACCUACCCGUUCAAUGGAAGCGCUAGACGCGUUGCCUAUUGGCGAUACGAGCAAAUAUUUCAUGUAUACGAGGGUUAAUGUGGACGUAUAUCUCAUGGAGCAAGGCAUCGAAUCUUCGCAGACUUAUUUCCCCUGCAUGCUCUCUGUUGUUCGAUCACCAGAGGAACCGAAUCUAAACUUCGUCGUGGCAAGCCAAAACGGAAGCGUCUCUCUACGAAUCCAGGCCGAUAAGAAAGCCGGCCCAAGUUGGCAAAAUGUGAAAUGGCGCCCGGAUGCUUGUUCUAUCGAAAUCAAGCUACCAAGGGGCUUCUUACUCGCAAUUCAAUGCAGCCAGCAAGAUUUUAAGGUAUUAUGGGGCAUCUUCGACUUCAGCAACAAAGUACAAGGCUAUCUCUAUCCGCGCCAGGACGAAGUACUUGCGCACAGCCUGACGCUCAAGGGUUUCCACUACUUCGAUUCUAAUCCUCAGGGCAGGGCAUUUCCAAAAGAAGCUGUUGGUCAGUGCCAACUAGGCCUUUUCGAGAAAUUGUUGAAAGAGAAUAGCCCGACAGGACCCCGGACUUUUCAUCGCGGUUUCCGACUUGCCGUGGUUACUGGGCCAAAGAUUCGGACACUAAGUGGAGUCUCUCACAUCUUCCCACCACAGCUUCCAGUCCAGUUCGCUAUGUUGCGCGGCGAACAGCGAUCGCCGCUUCUCCAACUGGAGUUCAAUACAGGCAAAGAGCGUGGUCGUAUGGUAUUGUCAUUUGGCGACGAGCAGGAGCGAGAGAAAGUCUUAAGGUUGAUUAGCGGAAGCUAUAUUCACUCUGAUGAGGAGGUAGUAACGGAUGUGCCAUUAGAAGGCAUGAGCAUCUCAGAAGGGGUUGCUGAUAUCAAGGGUGGGUUUGCGGCAACCCAGCGAUUGCCAUGGCAGCGAGCUCGCAUUAUAAACGACCGAUUUGCUGGCGAGGAGCCGCAGACAGUAUUAGCGGAGAAACUUAGGAUCGAGAUUGAUUCUGUGGAUAAGACUGGAGUUGGCAUUGUUAGCACCAUCACAGACCGCGUGAAUGUUGCGCCAGGGGAGCUAAGGUUAAGGCUUGGCACCAAGGACAUUCUGACUCUCCAAGUAUUGAGACAACGACAGCUCGACCUUACCGUGUCGCUUCUUGAAACGGGCGUGCCAAAGGAAUGCCUUCGCGAGUUUGCCAGUCUCCAGAAUUCCAUUCAGAGCAACCCGACGGUGCGGACUUAUCGUUUUCCCAGCUUCAAAGAUUUGCACGCCUUUCAAUUAGGGCUUACCGGGUAUUCAGUUCUUUUCGACGGGAUAGCUGCCAGCCUCAACAUCUCGCGAAGAAUGAUGGUGGUUCCGAUCCACAAGAAGUGGGAGGCUGGUACGACUCGCAUCCAGGUAGUGCAGCAGGAGGGAACGGUUCAACUUCUCGCUUUCUUCGAGGAUUGGCACCAUGGUCAAUGUAUGGGGUUUGUUCUCAAGGGUACUGAUGUCUUCGAAUGUUUUAGUCGAAGCGGGAAAGCCGGACUGAAGCUAGCGGAUGCCAAAUUCCCUCUUCCGAAGGUUCCGGCUGAUGGCUCAUCCAAUACGGAUGAGAUGGCUUUUCUAUGCCUCGAUAUGCCAGAUUUUGCCGGAGAGCAUGAUGAUAUUACUAUUCUUUUUGACGACAGUCUUGAACGGGAUCGUCUUUGCUCCGUGUUGCCGGCGCCUGUUAAAGGGUCCCGAAUGAGUAAAAUCAAGUAAGGUUAGCAUAUGAAACGAAGACAUGAGAAUAUGACUAGAAUUGCGAUGGUAUCCCUUAAAAUGUGGGGAAUUCGAAUAUCAUUGUACAGGAAGAAAUAGACGUCCAUAUAGCCUAGGCUGUGGACUGAUGAGGGCUGUGCACGCGUCGAUGAGCAGUGCGCAAGCGAAAUGAGCCUACUCCUGAGGGC